AAGCCAGCCAGGGCUACAGAGUGAGUUCCAGGAUGGCCAAAAACACAGGAAAACCCUGUCUUGAAAACAAAACACGCCCCCCCUCCAAAAAAAACAACAGAAAGAAAUUAAGCUGAAGUCAGACUCAAGCCCCCACUGUUCUCUUUUAUCCCCCAAAGUAUCUUAAGCCUCUCCUUUUAAUAAGUUCAUUUUCCAUUCCCUGUUCUGUCAGUGAGUACUGAGCUUGCCCAGAGACUGCUGCGUACACCUUUGGAGGUGGUGAGGCCCCAGGACCUGCCACCUGCUGGGUGCUGAGGAUUAACAACACAGAGCCUGGACCAGAAACAGAGGUCACCUACCCAGGCACCCAGAGCCCUGCAGCUUCUCUUCCUCCUUCUCCUUCUCCUUCUCCUCCUCCUCUUCCUUCUUUCUUCUUCUUCUUUUGUAAAACUGCCUCUUUGUCAGCUUUCACUUCUUGUGUAGGCAGGUCCCAAGCUAAUAUUUAUCCUGCAAAAAAAAAAAAAAUUUAAAAAAUGUUAGCGUGGGGAGCAUUUACAAGGACUUUAUUAAUUGUUGAAAGGGAGUUACUGCCUUAAACUGAGCAGUUGUGCUUAACUUGACUUUUGAUUAAAUAGUUGUUAACAGUUGGAAUCAGUUUGGUCUUUCUCGUAAAGGCUUCUUUUUCAUGUGAGUAUUGUCUGUUGUGGCAGGCUUUGGCUGUAUGCUCAGGGCUCAGACCUGGACCUAGACCAGGAACACUGGGUGCUUUUGUGAUGCAUAUAUCCAGGCAGGCUUUUUUUUUUAAUGAUUUAUUUUUUAUUUUAUGUGCAUUGGUUUUGCCUGAAUGUAUGUCUGUGUGAGGGUGUUUGGUCCCCUGGAACUGGAGUUACAGACAGUUGCAGGCUGCCACAUGGGUGCUGGGAAAUGAACUCGGGACCUCUGGAAGAGCAACCAAUACUCUUAACCACUGAGCCAUGUCUCCAGGUCCCUACACCUGCUCUUUUGUGAUUGGCAGGCUUUUCAGAAAUGCAGACUUUUAUACUAGAAGCUCCCAACUUUAUAUGAGUUGUCACUUUAAAACCUGGGAGGACCUCCUUCAAUGUGCUACAGGUGACCACAGAUCUGAAGGAUGGGUGUUAGUUUUGAACUCCUUAAAAAAUGAAACUCUUGUGAUGUUAUUUUGUUGUAAAGCUAGCCACAGCUGGCUUACCUCUAGUGCACGCCCUUCACAUUGCAGUGCCCUAGACUUUCCAAGUGGGUGGGUGUGGCCAUGAAAGGUCUCCUUGAAGGCAGGAAAGAGCCAGGGACUUCGCAUCCAUGGCACGUCCACUUUCAGCAGCUUCUGCUUUCUCUAGGCACUCAGAAUAGGAAGAUGAGUGAGGGGGAAGGGAUAGUCCGGGUCCUAGUGUAUGGGCUGGUGUGGUCUGAGAGUGAGGGAUGGGUUAUACCCCAAGAGCAAGGAGGGGUGCCAGUGACAGUACAUGGGGUGUUGAGAGCUGGAGUAAGGACAUCUAUGCUGAGGCCCAGAGGCCAGGGAGCUAAAGUGAGGUCUAGGACAGAGGUGAUUGUCCCUGAGGCUAGAGCCCCUCCUCCACAUCUCAGUCUCUCCCUUUCUUGGUGUAACAGGUUCUGGGCUAAGCUUUGUUAGCAGAAUCUUCUGACCUUUUGAGUGGGUCUCCAGCUCUUAAAGACCUUGUUAAGACCUUAGGACUUCCUCUUUGGUCAGCUGAUUCCAUUUUCUUGCAAGCCUCUUACUGUUUUCCCUUCCCCUGGCCUGUGGCCAACACUGGGAGCUGUCUUUCUGUAACUCAAGGCAGUAUACACAGCUGGCCACUGUCUGUCCCCUUGGGCAUCAGCCUGGGUAUAAAACUCCUGUUGGGUUGAAUUCUAUGGAGUACAUGAGGAGACUGCUUGUUCUCUUACUAACCUGAUGGUGCUGUCUAGGUGUUGGAACUCUACCCAGCUGUUUGGGAUGGCAGCACUGAGUAAGCUACAGAGGUGUGUUCAAAGGACAUUGUAAAAUUGUCAGAUCGCACACAAGUUUGCAGUCUAAACACAGACUUUCAAAUGAAUUUCCAUUUGUUUACAUUGGAGACAAAAUGCAGAUUACUUUACAUGUAUUCAUUUUGGCAUUCUAUAUACUAUAGAAUCUAGUGAUUCGUACCUAUAGUAGAUUCACAUGUGACCCUGCACUAGGCAUUUACAGGAAACACACACACACAGUGUAUACAAGAAUGAGGAACCACUGUGCUCAGUGCAGUGUGGCCUGCCUACUUCUCUCAGCAUAAAGGUUCAUGUUUCAGCUUUACAUCCAGGGCAGAGUAGCAAGAUUUGCUAAAUAAGGGACAAGCAUUCCUUAAUCAUCUUUGCAAUGGGUUUUGUCUGCAAAUCCAUCUCUGUAGCUGUGUUCCAAUUCUCUUGUUUCUAAGUGCUCACUGCAUAGAUGCUCCAGUAUGCUGGCUCCAGUCUUUAUUUGACUGGAAUCUACACAAAGCAUAGAUAUAAGGAUUCUACCACAGUCUUAGAGAUGGCUGCUAGUCUCCCAGAAUGGCUGAAAUGUUUUGUGCACAUUUGGAUCUGCAUGCUAUUCCAUGGAAGGCUACCAGUGACCUCUGGCCUGUGCCUGAGCCUUUCCAAGUUAGCACUGCAUGCAGCUGGAUUGCAAGUGGCUGUGUUCCAGACUUAGUCAAGACAGCAGCGUUAUCGGGCUGGCUCCCAGACCAGGACCUGGUACUGUAUGAGAGCCUAGGCCUCUGUCCCCUACAAAUGACUGAGUGGAAAGGGGACCUGUUUAUGUCUUCAGUUAUAAAACCAAAUUGGGUCUUUUGCUUGGCCCUGAGGAGCAUUGCUGGAAUAAAGCUGCUUCCUCCCUCUUAAAGAGUCUUGUUAUGAGUGAGGUCCAGGCUGCCCUCAGACUUGAGAUCCUCUUGGCUCUUCUUCAUAAAUACUGAAAUUGCCACAUGUCCUCCAUACCUGGCCUGUGUAGAGCUUCUUGACCCAUAUGGGCUUGUGUAUACUCAGGAGAAGCAGGCUUAGGGUUCUUGUCUCUUUUCCCCUCUAGCCUAGAAAGAGGAGUUACCUUGUUGUGUAUCCGAGCCUUGGAGGAUGUUUGGGUAGACAAGCAGUCUGUCUGUCUUCAAUAAUUUAGUUUUGUGUUUAGCUGAAGUUAGUUCUAGAGCAGUGUGAAGAACCUGGCUGUGACCCACAGAAGCAGCACUUUGGGGGUGUGGGGAUGGUGCCAGAGAUUCAGUGAGAUACCUUGUGCAUGUUGGCAAGCACUGGCACUGAGCUACAACCCAGCCUGAAAUAAUGCCUUUGGCUAUGUGUUCAUAUGUUCAAGACCUAAUGCCUAAAAGGGUUGUAUCUUUUACAUCUAGCAUUGGGUGUUUCCUGUCAGAAGACAACAAUAUACAACAUGAUUUUAUGUGUGGAUGUGUACUUUGUAGCUAAUGUCUCUAGACACUGGAGGCUUCUUAGUGUAAAACCCCAGUGGCCUUGUUCCUUUGAAUGCAGUGGGUAUUGAGUGAUUACUCUGCACUGUAAUGUUGUGGCUGUGUCCUUCCCAGGUUUGCCAUCUCGGCAGCCACACGGGGUCUAGAGCAGCAGUAGUUAAUCCAAGGAACAGCAAGCCACAGUCUCUAGUGCGAAGAAAAUGCUGGGGGACCUGGUAUACCAAUUUUUCUCCAGAGCCAAAAGAGUGCCAGAUAGCAUUUCCGCCACAUUCCUCUUUGUCAAGGUGGAGGUUUGGGGGUGGCCCGUUCCUGCUAUGCCAGCUGACCCAAGGUUCCAGCCGUUCUGAGUGGAGCAGGGAGGAGAAAAGGAAGAGGAAGUGGCUGGCCAGUUCCCUUCCUCUCUCUGUGAGUGGCAUGGGGGUCUGUGUGGAAUUGGGCUUGCCAGGGUGAAGCAGGAGUCCUUCGGGUGCUAUUUCCUCAGAGGUUACCUUUCCAGCCUCCUUUGGAGUCUGAACACAGCUAUGCUGGUGAACAGUGCCCUGUCAUAGGCCUGUGGUUCUAAGUGAGGAGUUGCUGGGACACUGGUGCUGAUCUUACUGUUGGGUUGUUUGGCCUUAGGAGGGGUUGGUGUGGGGGAGAAGCUGUAGCCCCAGGCUAUAGCCACAAGUAAGUUUUCUUUAUCCAUUCAAACCUAGACUUUUGAAACUUUACCCAAUACAGCGGUAAUCCUCUCCUGUUCCCCCACUCCUAUUUCCAGCUGCACUCACUGGUGUCUGCCAUGUGCCAUCAACCAAGGUCUGAAAAUGUUAAAAAGAAAGUUCUAGAAGUUGUUUAAACCAUGUGCAUUCUGAGUAAUAUGGCGAAGCCUCUGUUGUCCCCUCAUGCCCACCUCAGGACUGAGUUCCUUUGUCCUGGUUCUAUAGUGUGUCUACCACUCACUCAGUCAACAAGGGAAAUCCCUAACCGAAUAGUCCAGGAAGAGUUAUACUGAAUUUGCUGAGGUCUGUGUGGUCCUACCCCUUUGCUCUGCCGCAUGGCAGCUGCAACCCUGGGUGGCCCAGGUGAAAUUCAUGCAUGUAGAAGAAAGUGGAACAGCAAGGUGCUUGGGAUGUGUCGAUGCUGGCGAGGGGACUAGUCAGUACUGCAUGCCUCCCCUCUUUUAAAAUGUCAGCAUGUAUCUGACCAUGUGGACUGACAUUUCAGGAACUUCCACCACUUAGAGCUGAGCCUCACAGCCUCUUUGCCUCAGUACACAUUUAGGAUCUGGAAGGCUCUGUCUAUUUAGACUUUGCAUGCACCACUGUCUGAGGGGUCUUCACAGUGGUGUUACUCAACUGCAAUCCUAUCUUUGGUCUGCUCUUGAGUAUGUGUACGUAAAUGACAGGUUUUUAUUUAAUUUGUCAUACCGUGUACUCUUUCUCCUACUCACUUCCCUGUCCUGACCCAUGGAGGGCAUGGUCAGUAACAGAAUCACAGUCUGUCGGCAUCUGACUUGCACUGAACACAGCACUGAGAGGGUCUGAUCAGUGCUCAGCUUGGGACUUGUGUCUCAGGCCCCUCUCGAGGGUUUGAUAUUAGAGCUGCAACAACUUCCUUCAGCCAGCCUGGAUUCCAGGAGCUUCUCAGUUUAGAAGCUUGCUGCAGUUUCCAUGGCAGCCAGAGCUUCAUUCUGACUCUAGUGGCCUGAACCAGCAAAUCUGCUAGUGCUAGAAACCUUUAGAAAAGAGGGAGGAGAAACCUCUCAUUGCCAGUUAAUUAAAAAACAGAUCCCUCCUGUUCAGCUGAUAGUGCAGAUCGAAGAAACAUACAGACCCAGAUCCUCUAGCCGCUCCAUGGGGAGUCACAGAAGACCGCCUGUGUGUGUCAGAUCCCCACCUCUCUGUAGCAAGAGAAGUGACUACAGCGCCUUCACAGUCAUGAUGAUGAAACUGGUAUUAACUGAGUGGCCCUUAUGGAUUUUUAACUCUAACUCACAGUGAGCCAGCAAGCCAUAUGUUUACACUUCAACCAAAAACCCUUCUGUGUUGCUGCACUUCUUGUGUGAGAAGUUGAGACGCCUGUUGGUACAGAGUGGAAUACAAGAGUUACUUGCCGUGGAAUGUACCUGCAGCAGAGCGAGAAGACGUCUUAGUUUAUCAUUGGAGAGAGAUGAUAGUAUUAUUUAUAUAGGUAGAAUAAAUAUAUAUAUAUAUAUAUAUUUUGGUGGUAAUGAAAAUGGCUCCGCAGAAUGCCGACUCGGAAUCUAUGCAAGUACAAGAGCUGCCUGUGCCCCUGCCAGAUCCUCAGAAACCCAGAGACCCAGCGGCUGAGACCCAAGAGGAGACCACAAGUGAGGCGUCCAUAGACAGAAUCCCCACACGCCUAUGGGUCAUGCAUGGGGCAGUGAUGUUCGGCAGGGAAUUUUGUUACGCCAUGGAGACAGCACUGGUUACACCUAUACUGUUACAGAUAGGCCUCCCUGAGAAGUACUACAGCCUCACCUGGUUCCUGAGCCCUGUUCUUGGCCUCAUCUUCACACCGCUUAUUGGCUCUGCAAGUGACCGCUGUACCCUGAGCUGGGGCCGCCGGCGGCCCUUCAUCCUUGUGCUGUGUGUGGGAGUCCUCAUUGGUGUUGCACUUUUCCUCAACGGCUCCGCUAUAGGUCUGGCGCUUGGCGAUGUUCCCAGCCGGCAGCCCAUUGGCAUUGUCCUCACGGUGCUGGGAGUGGUGGUCCUGGAUUUCAGUGCCGAUGCAACUGAGGGGCCCAUUCGUGCCUACCUGCUGGAUGUGGUAGACAGUGAGGAGCAAGACAUGGCCCUCAACAUACACGCCUUCUCUGCUGGCCUCGGUGGGGCCAUUGGCUACGUGCUGGGCGGGUUGGACUGGACGCAGACCUUCCUAGGGGACUGGUUCCAGACGCAGAACCAGGUGCUGUUCUUCUUCGCUGCAGUCUUCUUCUCCGUGUCGGUGGCUCUGCAUCUCUUUAGCAUCGAGGAGGAGCAGUACAACCCACAGCAGGACCGCGGGCCUGAGGACGCCACCCUGCCCAGCACCGGUCUCCAGCCUGGCGCCCCGGCCCCCGCCCCCCGCCUCAGCUCCCUCGGUGGGGGCAUGCAGGAUGGCAGCCCCCCAUUUCCAGAUGAGGUGCAGUCGGAGCACGAGCUGUCCUUGGACUACCUCGAUGUGGACAUCGUGCGCAGCAAGAGCGACUCAGUGCUGCACAUGGCUGACUCCACACUGGACAUGGAGCCUCAGCUGCUCUUCCUGCAUGACAUCGAGCCCUCCAUCUUCCAAGAUGCUUCCUACCCCAGCACCCCCCAGAGCACCAGCCAAGAGCUCCUGAGGGCCAAGCUGCCCCGCCUGUCCACGUUCCUCAGGGAGUCCACCAAGGAGGACGACACUUUGCUUGAUAAUCACUUGAAUGAAGCUAAAGUCCCAAAUGGGAGAGGCUCCCCACCAAUGAACCCCCUCAGCCACUCUAAGGUAGACUUGAAGCCCUCAGUCACAUCCAGUUCCAUGCGGCGGCGUAGGCACAUGUUUCACAGGCAGUCUUCCAGCACCUUCUCCUACUACGGCAAGAUUGGGUCCCACUGCUACCGCUACCGCCGGGCCAACGCCGUGGUCCUCAUCAAGCCGUCCCGGAGCAUGAGCGACCUGUAUGACCUGCAGCAGCGGCAGCGCUCCCGGCACCGCAACCAGAGUGGGGCCACCGCCUCCAGCGGGGACACAGAGAGCGAGGAGGGUGAGACAGAGACCACCGUGCGCCUGCUGUGGCUGUCCAUGCUGAAGAUGCCCAAGGAGCUGAUGUGGCUCUGCCUCUGCCACCUCCUGACUUGGUUCUCUGUCAUCGCAGAGGCUGUCUUCUAUACUGACUUCAUGGGCCAGGUCAUCUUCAAAGGGAACCCCCAGGCCCCCUCCAACUCCACCAAGUGGCACGCCUACAAUGCUGGCGUGAAGAUGGGCUGCUGGGGCCUGGUCAUCUACGCUGCUACUGGUGCUAUCUGCUCAGCCCUGCUACAGAAGUACCUGGACAACUAUGACCUGAGCAUCAGAAUCAUCUACAUGUUGGGGACACUGGGCUUCUCUGUGGGCACCGCUGUGAUGGCCAUGUUUCCCAACGUCUAUGUGGCCAUGGUCACCAUCAGCACCAUGGGCGUCGUCUCCAUGAGCAUCUCCUACUGCCCCUACGCCCUCCUAGGGCACUACCAUGACAUCAAGGAGUACGUCCACCACAGUCCGGGGAAUUCCAAGCGUGGAUUUGGCAUUGACUGCGCCAUCCUCUCCUGUCAGGUCUACAUCUCCCAGAUCCUGGUUGCAUCUGCCCUUGGGGGCGUGGUCGACACUGUGAAUACUAUCGUUGUCAUCCCCAUAGUGGCCUCUGUGGGCUCGUUCCUGGGCUUUCUGACAGCCACAUUCCUGGUCAUCUACCCUGAGGUGUCAGAAGAAGCUAAGGAGGAACAGAAAGGCCUGUCCUCAGGGGCCGCUGGUGAAGGCGAGAGUGGGGCAGGCACUGAAAAGCCCACUGUCCUGAAGCUAUCUCGGAAGGGUGGCCUUCGGGGGCUGAUGGAGACGGAGUCCAUGGUGUGAGCCCCAGCUGGUACAUUCCACACUGGAGGGCAGGAUGCACUGGGGGUUAGGCUUGCUGAUCCCAUGCGAGCUGGAGUUCCUUCCCAGAGCACAGUCCAAGGUCAGUAGGUGUUAGGUGUAGGGUAGGUUUGAGCUAUUAGACAAAAAUAUCACACUAAUUACCUUUCCCACAAUUAAAAAAAAUCAUUUGAAAUCUUUUUUUUUAUUGAAAAAGAACUUAAUUUCAGCUGUCUUUUAUUCUGCAGGUAUAUCAUUCUGCAUGUUUUAAAUUGUGAAAUAUUCACACAUAGUCAGUAAGCAAUUUAGAAAAUGUAAGGGUCUGCAUUUCUAAACCAGUACCUGGAAGUGCAGACACUGACUCCCUUGGCAGGUGUCGUCUGAAGGCAGCAGACAGCAGCAGUGCAGUGUCCAGAUCGCCUGGCAGGGGUCCGUUGGGGACACCUCAGCAUCUGGCACUGCAGCGCCUCAGAGUAUUUUUCUGUUUAUUUUAGAAACAGUAUUUUCUUUUUCACAACUGUGGUUUUCUUAGAAGAACAGCAUCUCUGGCGAAUUAGGCUCACAGUCCUGUGCACAGCUAAGACCACACACCAAAGCUGGAGAAGGGUCCCAGAGGUGUUUGAGCAGAAGGCAGCCAUUCCCCAGGGCAGCCUCCAGACAUCCCACCCAGGGACAGCACCAAUCAGCAGGGCUGAAUGUGAACUCUCAGUGUGCCUCCUGCGUGCUUGUGUGUAAGCUUGUCUGUGUCCAGUCCUACCCACGUGGUCCUCCCCAGAAGCCACCACAGGGCAGCUGUUGGCUCUGCGUGACAUUCAGCUUGUCUCUACACAUUGGCUGGGAAUCCAGGCACAGAGCUCCAGGUGAGCAUUGGCUCCCAAUCCUGCUGCAAGGCUACCUCGAGAGUGGGGACAGUGGCAUCAGAGCAGGGCACGUGAAGGUGCCGGGGCCUACCUCCCUGCCACAUGGGUGACAUUGAUCCUUGAUGGAACCUAACUGAGAUCUCGUGACCUCAUCACCUGCUCCUGCUGAUGGGCAUGAGGAGGAAGGCGAAGAGAAGCAAGCGUCUGCCUCUGAGCAGGAGGGUCGGUGACCCAAGAUCCCUGUGCAGUUUCCAGUUUCUGCACUCGAGCAAAACUUGGGCUUCAGGGAAGCAGGCUCAUCAAAUGCUGCAGCUGUGGGUAAGACUUUCCGAACGACGGCCUCUGUUUAACAACGCCCGUCUCGGUUCAUGAGACAGUCAGUCUGCACUCAGGAGAGGGGAGGUCCUCCCUGGAUGGUACCCAGGUGAAGUCAGAGCCGCGCUCUUGCUGCCUCCGUUGGUGUUUUUACAUAACAUGCAUGAGAAUCAUGCUGCAAUAUGAGCAUUCUAAAGCAAAUAUAUACACAUAUAUAUUUCAAGAUGAAAGUAAGCAGUUUUUAAAUAAAUUACUUGAAUUUUCUGUGUCUUCAAA